CGCCGAACGCGCGAAGAGAAAAGAAGGGGAGGAAAAGCCGCCGUGGUGCCUAUACGCCGAGCGUACCGCGCCGACCAUCAACAGUUGGUCCUUGCACGGUGUACGCGUCUGGAUGCACCGAGUUCUUCAUGUCCAGCCAACCAAAGUCACUCAGUUAAACAAUUGAGCCACCAACAAAAGAAAACUGCAUAAAUCAGUGCAACUGAAGAACGUUUCGGACGUGUAGUGUCGCGUAUAGUAUACUAAGUGCCAUAUUAAGGACAAUUUUACAGAGACACAUCAUGAUUACAACACGGUGGUGCAUUGCACCGCUGGCGCUGUUUAUCAACGCCAUUGCCGCCAUUCAAUACACCCCCAUUGAUUUGAAUACUGCUGGUGGCCUCGGAGGUGACUCCGACUGUGCCCUGCUACUCAACGGUCCAGGCAGAUCGAGCCAAUUUGACUACACUUAUAAUUUGUUACGAGGAAACAAUCCAUAUAAUGGUCCCCACACUUGUAUAACAUAUGAUGCAGUCAACCAAGCCUAUUUAGAUGCCAGAAAGCGCAUUCAUGUAUCUCAACCUCACGGUGAAUACAAACCGGAAGACGUCGCUACAGUCGGCGAACUUUCCCUGGACAUCAGUCUGAAUCUCGCCCGUACCUAUGGUCUUUCCUACGAAGACAUCGAGAAAGGGUUACCGUUAAUUGACACCUCUAAAACGUUGAUGAGAGAAGUCUGCCCUCCAUACCUCUCCAAUGUGGAAUGUCGCGCUGGCAAAUACCGUAGAAUCGAUGGUCUUUGCACCAAUCUUGAGCACCCAACCUGGGGCGCUACUAAUGUCCCUUUCACGAGGUUGAUUGGUCCCUUGUACGCUGAUGGUAUGCAAGCACCACGUAUUUCAGUAACCGGAAAUGAUCUUCCUUUAUCACGAGUUGUCUCCCGCACUAUGCAUCCCGAUGAGGGUUUCCAUGAUCAUGCUGGUACUGUGAUGGUCAUCGCUUGGGGUCAAUUUAUGGAUCACGAUUAUACUCUGACUGCCACACCUUUAGAUCCUCGUAAUCGUAACGAUCCGGAAGAGUGUUGCCAUCGUCCACCCCACCUAAAACAUCCAUAUUGUAACGAAAUUCGAAUUCCAGAAGACGAUUACUUCUUCAGGUUGUUUGGAGUUAAGUGUAUGGACUUUGUGAGGUCUUUCCCAUCGCCGCGACCAGGUUGUAGAUUAGGUUCAAAGGUUCCCUUCAAUACACUGACAGGUGUUAUUGAUGGUAAUACUAUUUAUGGUGUUACUGAAAAGUUCUCCAGGAAACUACGUUCUGGAUAUGGUGGUAAACUGAGAAUGAAUCCAGUAUUUGCUGAGUACGGUUUGAAAGAACUGUUGCCAUUGAAGUUGGACAUUCCUGAUGAGGGUUGCACUCGUCCCAAUGCAUCUAUGUACUGUUUUGAAGCUGGAGAGAUUCGUGUAAAUGAGCAAUUGAUUCUGACUUGUAUGCACACGUUGAUGGCUCGUGAACACAAUCGUCUUGCCGAAGGUCUUACCCAAGUAAACCCGCAUUGGGAUGAUGAAACUCUCUUCCAGGAAGCCAGACGUAUUAACAUCGCCCAGAUCCAACACAUCACUUAUAAUGAAUUCUUGCCCAUCCUCUUGGGUAAAGACGUCAUGGAGAAGUUUGGUAUUCUUUUACAAAAGGACGGAUAUUGGGAUGGUUAUGACUCUAAUGUCAACCCUAAUGUGAUUGAUGCAUUUGCCGCAGCUGCUUACCGUUUUGGACACUCUCUUCUCCCAACCGCAGUUGAACGUUGGAGCAAAGCGCAUAAAUUCAUCGCCUCCAAACGUCUCUCAGACCUUAUCCGCAGACCUUUUGAUUUGUACAGAGCGGGCAUUUUUGAUGAAUACCUUAUGGGACUUAUGAACCAAGUUGCUCAAGCUAUGGACGAUUCAAUCACUCAAGAAGUCACUAAUCACUUAUUCAAGAAAAUCGGAGCACGUUUCGGCAUGGAUCUUGUCAGUUUCAACAUGCAGAGAGGUAGAGAGUUCGGUAUCCCCGGUUACAUGGAGUACAGGAAAUUCUGUGGACUUCCUGGUGCCAGCACUUUUGAUGAACUCUUUGGAUCAAUGCCCAAUGAAACCGUUCGUCGUUACACUAGCAUUUUCGAACAUCCCAGUGAUGUGGAUCUAUGGUCCGGUGGUGUUUCUGAGAAACCUCUUCCUGGCAGUAUGCUGGGACCUACAUUCGCUUGCAUUAUUGCGACCCAAUUCAGUUAUUCAAGGCGUGGUGAUCGUUUCUGGUAUGAACUGCCCAAUCAACCAUCAUCUUUCAGUCCUGAACAACUUCAGGAAGUACGCAAGGCUCGUCUUGGUCGCAUCAUCUGCGAUAAUACCGACUUGAUUGAUACCGUACAACUUUACCCGAUGGUGUUACCCGAUCAUGAAAUUAAUCCACGUGUGCCAUGUAAGAGUGGCGUGAUCCCAUCAAUUGAUCUAAGCAAAUGGGCCGAGUACCCGCAACAAAACUUUGCGUACGAUCCAAUAUUGGGCAAGAAAUAAAACAGUUACAAUCGUCGAUUGAUGCAAACCUUCUCAAUCGACUUACUCAAGACACAAACAUUUAUAAUAUUUGUACAGUUGCCAUUUUUAAAUUAUUAUAUUUUCAUACAUUUAUACUUAUAUAUAAUAUUAUAUUGUACCUAUUAUCUAUUUCUAUUUACACUUAAAGAUUAAACUCUUCAUUCACGUAUGGUAUUCCCGCGAUAGUAAAUUGAAAACGCAGACGACGAAAAUUCAUCAUACAAGGUUCUACCUCAUGUUUCCAAUUCAGAUAAUUGUAAAUUUGUAUAUACAUCAACCAACAACUUGCUACUCAUUCGAACACACUUUGUAAUGUGAAUGGAAAAUUAAUAAACGAAGAUUUGCGUUGCUGCAAAGGUA